AUGACGUCACUGCCUCAGUACGUCUUCUGGACCUCGCUGACGUCACUUUUAUUCGCGACCACUUUUACGGCUGGCGGGUGGGCUUUUCUUGUUUUUUUUUUUCUGGAUUGUAACUUUUGUAAAAAAAUUUUCAUCAAUUCCUUGGAUUGCUAUUAGGCCUUUUUUUGAGUAAUUUUAUCGCAAGUUCAAUUCAUUGAAAUGAGAAGAAAAAGAAGAAAAUCAAGGGGAAACAUUUGGAAGAUUCUGAUACCUUUUGUGUUAUAAGUUUUUUUAGUUUUUAGAACUUUUUUGGCAAUUUUUUUUCAACUUUUUGAAUGUGAUUUAUCUAGAAUUUUCAUUUUUCUAAUUUUUAGAAUGAUUUUUCAGCGAAAGAGAAUACAUUUAUUAGGUCGUUUACUAAGUUUCUUUCUUUUUUCGAUUGAAAGUUACUUGGUGUAUAACUUUUCAAUUUUGGAUUCAAACAGCAAACAAUUUCUCCCCCGUCAUCCUCAGCUAUCUGUUAACAUGACUGUUAACUUUGGAGUUCCUGACUUUAAAACGAGCAAUGAUAUACUCAAAAAGGGGCGACUAACUCGAUUUCAACUCCUCUUAGAAACAUUUUUUUUGUUUCUUCUGAAAACAUUUAUGAUUCAAUGUUUUGUAGUUGAUGACAACGAGGGAGGAUGGAAGUACAGAUAGAGUAGGCAAACUGACUUUUUAAACAAAAAACCAGCCUAAAAAUCUUUUUUCUUUAAAAGUUUCGGUCAGUGAUCAAUGACAAUGACAUGGUCGCUGAACAUUUAGACGCUUUUCUCAUCAAAGGCUUUGAGGAUGAUUUUGAUUUUUUGUGGUUAUUUAGUACAGACAUGGUCUGUAUCAGUCACAUUAUCUUCAGAAGGUCUAAACGUUCGACGCCGUCAGAGAGCCUCCAGAAGUUCAUCAAGCUGUCAUUUCAGUUGUUUACCGUUUCUCAAAAUUUUAGGCUGGAAAAAACUCAGUUGAACCACUUCUGCUUUGACACAUGGCUGCAGUGACCUUUGUUGUACUUGUUUUUUAUUAACUUGAGAGAUAGCAAAAGAACAGAAAAUUUGAGAGUGGAUAGAAACCACUGCCCUAGUGCUAUAAAAAUUUUUUGAUGAAAAAAGGCUGUAAAACUAAAUCCUCGAGUUUCACGGUAGCUGCCUGUUGCUAAUGUUGUGCCUUUAUACUUUUUCAAAACCUCAAACCUGAUAGAUAAUUACAAAUGUACUUCGGGGAAAAUCAAACGAAAACAGGACGCGCAUUGUUCCAACAAUGUUGGCCAAUCAUAAAUUUGUAUGGCCUGGCUUUUGAAUAAAUAACUCAUUUCUCAAAUUUUUUGGAAGCAAACGAAAACUUUCAGGAGCAACCACACGACUUCAGUUUACCUUUUAUGUAACUCGUUCGAAUGAUAAGAUUGAAAAAGUAAAAUAAAUUCGCAAAACUUUCCAAAAAUCGAGAUUUUUCGAGUUCGGACAAAGUUCUGUAUCUUUUUUUCUGCAUAGUGUUAUAGGAGUACAGUUAAUUUUAAACUGAACUUCAGAUUGUGUAGUAGUAAAUACUAUAUGAAGCAAAAUUGUGAGAAGUGCUUUUUCUGGUUGAAAACUUUUUAAAAAAAGUCCUUCAAAAAAAGAAAAAAACUUAGUAAACAACCUAAUAGCAAUAGUUAGUCCAAUAAAUCCAUAAAAAGGACUUCUAUAAAAUGAAUGUGAGAAACUUGAAAGUGAUCAACGAUUGCUGUUGACGGAAUUGCACAAGAAAACUAUAGAUUACUGUAAAAAAACUUUUUUUUAAAAUAUACUGCACAUCGUUUCAGGACCCUUUGUUUUUGGUAAAACCGUAAAAUUUCGAAUUUUUCGGAAUUUCUUGUAUUUUGAAUAUUUUAUAGCGACAACCUGAAAAAGUCUGAUUUCUCUUUUUCUCUGCGCCCUCUUGCUCCCGUGCUGUUUCUCUGUUUUUAUGACCUAGCCAGUGAGGGGAAAGAGAGCGCAGACUGGUCAGAGUUUUUAAAGGCAUGGUGAACGGGCUAUUGAGAUUUAGAAAAAAGUUUGUUAACCAGCGUUUUUAUGAAAUAAUUUUUUAUUGACCAGAUUUCAAAGUUAUUCAAUGAUAAAAUCGAUUUUUGCAGCUCACUGAAUGACGUCAUCUCUGUGGCUCCAGCCGCUCCGAACACGAGCCGACCCAGCUCCUACACGAACGCCUCGACAAUCCUCGCAGAUCUUCUCUCCGACUACGAUAUUCGACUGCGGCCUGGAUUUGGAGGUCUUGUUUGCUCCAUUGAUAAUCAGGAUUUUUUGGAGAAAUUGACAGGAAUUUUUUUGAAGUGUGAAGAAGAUUGUGUAACUGACAGGGGAAUUAGAGUUGGUGGCGGUAUUAAAGUUUAAUUUAGAGGUACUUUUGGGCGUGCUAGAGGCGCGAAUUUAGCGUUCUAGUCCAGAAAUGGUACCUCAAAAUUUGGAAUCUACCAAUAAAGUAGAAAAGAUGGAUUUUAAGGAUUUGAGGCUUGAUAAAUUUAAUAAUUAACCAAAAAAAUGUGCGAUUUUGAGUUCUAGUCAAGUUAUUACAUUAAAGUUUGGGAUCCAGCAUUGAGCUGGAGAAAAUGUGUGCUUUCAGUUUUAAAAAUCAUCAAAAAUUAAUCGAACAGGUGCGAGUUUGUGUUUUUGAUUCGGAAAACAAACUUUUGCCAUCAAAGGGAAUAAAUGCAGAGUGAAACAAAAAUUUCAAAGCCUUUUUAAAAAUUAAAAUAAAUGGUAAGGAAAUAAAUAAAAAAAUGUUUCAUAGUCCCAAGAAAAAAAUAUUAGUUAGUUGAAGAAAGCUUUUUUUAUUAAUUUUAUUCGUAUUCUCUUAAAAAAAUCGGAAUCAAUCUUGAAGACAUUUCCAGCUUUUUUUAGUUUGUUCGGAUACGUAUAUGAGCUCAGAAAUGCUAUUAGUUUGAUAUUAUUCUUUGACGUCAACCAUCUCAUUUUUAUUUAUUUGAAGUUUUAACUUAACUUAAAAGUGUCUAAACUCGUCAACACAGAGAGACUUAUCAUCAUGAAUGUAUCACUGAUGGGAAAAAUUUUUUUAGUGGCCACUAUAGAGGUUAUCUACUUAGUGGCCACUUCAGUAGUUUUUCAUCCAGUUUUCCUUCCAGUAACUCUGAUAAUUUUAAAACAAACAGUAUGGACCAGUUAUGUUGAUCCAUUGAUCCCUAAAGUGGCCACUAAAGUUUUUAGUGGUCUAGCAGUAGCACUUAGACAUCUAUAGUGGCCACUAAUUUGACUACUAUAGUCGCCACUAAAACGUCAAAACCCUACAGUGUCCACUAAAAAUUUUCCCAGUAGAUGUAGUUUUUCACUUUGUUUCUGGAUCUGUGCUGAAAAAUGGCAGAUUAGAAUAAAAAAAUGAAAAAUGUAGAAGUUCAUCAGCUGGAAUUUUAUCAGUCUUUUAGCGAUUUUUGGAUUUUUGAUCUUGGAUCGAUUUCUUUUUUUUUUGUAACUCUUUGUUUUUUGUUAACAAUGGGAGGUACUUCAAGGGUCAUCCAGAAAAAUUCACUUGUCCAAAAAUUGAGCGCCUGAAAAAUUUAUUUUUUUAUUAUUUUUUUCUUCUUUUUUUCAAUUUUUUUUCCAAACUUUCUCUUAGAUCUUCUCAAUAUGUUGAAAACAAAAUUUGGAAUCAGCUCAAAAUACGGCGUCUAAUACUUCUAGUCAUUUUUUGAAGAAUCGAUUAGGAUACAUUUUAUCUCUGAAAUUUACUAUUUAGGCUCUCAUCUUAAUGAAUUUUUGAACCUCGGUAUCUAAAACCGGAUGUUUCUGAUCAUUUUUAAGGAUCACUUAAGUGGGCUGACGGUGCUAAAGGGGUCACUAGGAACGCUCCGACAGGUUUGCGUUACCAAGGCCUGAACUCAGGUAACAGUAGGGAAUCUGCUUUUAGUUCCUCGGAAGGUUUUUGAAAGCUUUCCAGCGGAGGGUCAAAUACCUUCCAAAUAUUUUCGCAAAAGCUCUACUUACCUGCCCGAAGCCUGCUGGAAGGCACCUGGCAAGCAUUUGUGAUUUUUACCUUUCGAAGAUCUUCCCAAAGCCUUCUCGAGACCUUUUAUCUUUCAUUCACCUGCCAACUCCUGCUGGUUGCCUUCUCUACACCUUCUCCCAUUUUUAAACCGUUUUUCAGCUUUCCAAAUAAAAAAAAACGUCUUAUCGCCUUAAGGAACAAUGCGAUUUUUCAAAAAGUCGGUUAAGAUCAAUCUUCCUAUGAAAAUUCUUAUUCAAACUCUCCCCUUGAUUUUUCUACAGCUUCUCCCCAAUUUUCGAGCUGUUCUUUUCAUUUUUUGAACAACUCUUCGGUCUCGAGGAAAGUUGCAAUUUGUCUGCGAAGAGAACAAGAGUGAUUGGAUUGCGGCCGAUGAGAAUCCGUCUUCAUUUCGGGACGACGUCGUCAGCAAGGAGUCGUCGCGUGUCCCCAAUCAUCUCAUCUCAUUUCCCGCCCUCUCUUUCCAGCCCCCCUAUUUCAACAUUUUUAUUUGCAAAGGCCUUGAGGAGCAGGAAAAACAAGCAUUUUUGGGGGAUCUUACCUGGAAAUGAGCAAGAAGUUUUUUGAAAAAUCUCCGGAAAGCUGGUUGGAAGCAUGUGCGCUCCAUGGAUAAUCUGAUGGAUAAGGUGUUUUUAAGCGAUUCGGUGGUUACUUAAGAAAUGUCAGAGUUUUUUUUAGCUGAACUAUGAGAAAAGAAUCAUGAAGAAUCAGGUUGGAAGCAUGUUCGUUCCUGAAUAAUCUGACGAUUUUUACGUUUUUGAACUGCUAAGUGUUCACUUAAGUGGCGUUAGAGUGUUUUUUGAAUUAAAAAAAUAAGCGUGGAUACGUAGAAAAAAACUGGUCUUGAGUAUUGAGUACGAUCCAUGGAUCUGAUGGAUUGGAUUUUUUAUGUUUUUGAGGGACAUUUUUAAGUGACGUAUAGCCUCUUUUACUUGAAAACUAAGUGAAUUUUCAUAAAAAAAACAUUCGGUUCGAAGCAUGUGCGCUCCAUAGAUAAAGGGAUGAAUUUGAAUUUUUUGAGCUGUUUUGGGAUCGCUUGAGUGACGCUAGAAUCUCUUACAGCCGUAAAAUGAGAAAGGAUUCAUGAAUAAUCGGGUUAAAAGCAUGUACGCUCCAGGGGUAAUCUGGUAUUUUGAUUAUCUGGGUCAUUGAUCCCUUAAGUGGCUGUUUUCACAUAGGAAAUGAGCAAGGAGACAGAAAAACGAGCCAUGAGAAAAAUAUUUUCUUUUUUUGGUUCAUUUCAUAAUUUUUUUUUGUAACUCAGUCAAUUCUCCGAAGUUCCUGAUGAGAAAUUAAUCACAAAAAGAAUUUUUUUUUUCGAUUUCCACAAAAAACUGGCUGUAGGAUAUUACCGUUUCAAUGAAACCAUAAUAAGCUUCAAAGUAUGUCUGACAAUAAUACCGUAUUAUAAAAAAUAAGAAAGCAAAGUUCAAAAAGAUUUACCCGCUUCCGACGGUGGCCACCAGGGAGUCAUUGUAACAUUUCAUCUCACCAUUUUUUCCUCCGUUCCUUUUUGGCUUGGGAAAUUCAAAAAGACUCCGUUUUUUGUCUUUCUUGAGAGUUGAAUGUUUAAGUACUCAAAGUUAAGCGUCUAGGUCUAACAGAUCAAAAAUUUGGGACGAUUGUCAUUUUUUUGAAGUUAGUUUUGAUCGCAACGCUUUGAACCAUUCCAAGUGCGACCACGGCCUUUUAAAUCGAUGUUUCGAAUAAAAUCAUAUCAGAAGUUUAACAAACAGGUUAUCUGAAGGAAAUGUGUAGGGCGGGAGAUUUUAUUUUAUUUUAUUUUUUGAUGAAAUUCGCUUACUGACGUCAUAGGAAUAUAUUUAUGAACUUAAUGUCGACGAAUGAAAAUUUUCACGAGCUUAAUGACGUCAUACACUAAUAUGUUUGAACUUAAGGACGUCAUAUGACAGUUUUCAUGGAUUUAUUGACGUCAUACAGCAAUAUUUAUGAAUUUAAUGACGUCAUAUGAGAAUUUUCAUGAGCUUGAUGACGUCAUAUGACAUUUUUUAUGAGGUUAAUGACGUGAUAUGAGAAUAAUUUUGAGCUUAAUGACGUCAUCGAAUGAAAAAGCGUGAUUAACAAAAUCAAAAAAGCAAGAAAGUCAGAGACGUAAUCAAUAGAUCCAUUUUUCUUAUCCUUAUGACGUCUGUUGUUCUUAACUUGCUAAUGACGUCAUUUGAAAUGAGUAUGUUCCUUUGAAGUUUUAUUCUGAAGGAAAGAUCCUAAGAAAAAUCGCUUUGAGAUUUUUUAUCACAAUUUUUUCAAGAUUUUCAUCAUUCGAUGCUCUGAAUCCGUUUCCGUUCGCCGAAGAAAAAUGAAAAGAUCCAUAAAAGGAAACAAGAAGAAGGAGAGGAAGAAGAAGCGGUGUUGAUGGAGGGCGCGCAUUUUCCUCCCGGGGGAUCGCCUGUCAUCAUCCGCCGGGCCUGUCAGCACCGAUGUUCCCAUCGACAAGAGCUCCGAGGCUUCCAGGGCAGAACUCUUUUUGUUUUCCGAUCCCAGCCAAGAAGCCUUUUUUGAUCGGUCAGGGUAGAAGGGAUGGGAAGCUGGGAGAUUUUUGAAAGGUUCUUUUUAGAGUCUUCUAGAGGGUUAUGGAGAAAAUUUUGAAGUAAUUUUGUCAGGAACUGAAUUUGAAUAUUUUUAAGUGUUUUCCUUUUUUCAGCCUUGUUUUAUUGGUCAGAGCGGACGUGAUUUUUCAUAUAGAGAGAAGCUCGAAGAUUUUCAAAAGGAGGUUCAGGGAUUUUUGUAGAGUCCUAAAAAGUUAUCCAAAGCUAAAUUGUAAUUUUUCCUUUGAUUUUUUUGGUUAUGAGACAAGAAGGCUUUUUUUUUCAAUUGGUCAGAGUAGGACUUUUUACUUGGAAGGAAGCUUGAAGAAAUCUGGAAGCAUUUGUAGAUUUUGAAAUACUGCAGAAAAUUAUUAAGAGAUGAAGUUUGAUUUUUUUCCUUUUAUUUCAGUCGGUCAGGGAUAGGAUUUUCGUAUAUUAUUGAGUCAAGAGACCAAAUUUAGUUCUCUUUCCGAUGCUUCAGGAAAAAUUUUUUUCUUCUGAUUUUUUUGGAGGGGGAGGGGCGUAUGAAAAUGUUCUGAAAAAGAUGGUAGUGGUUUUUUUGGAAAAAAAGUUGUGAUUUUCGGAGAGUUCUGAAUAAAUUUUUUUUAACGCAAUUCUAUGAAAUUAUUCUGAAUCAAACAGAAUAGAAAGCAAAGUUUGGUUUUAUUUCUUCGUCAAUAUUCUAAUUCAUCAGAGAUGGAAGGAAAUUUUUAGAAAGAAGUUAGGAAUUUUGAAGGAGUUUUAAUUUUUCCUUUACAUGAUUCGGUAGGAAAUGAUGAGUACAGUAAAGAGGUUAAUCAACGAAAAAUAUUUAGAUUUCAAAUUUCAUUCCAUUUUCAAAAAAAGACUGAUUUUUCAUGCAGGCGAUGCACUUCUCCUCACGAUGGACGUCAUCAUCGCCUCGUUCGAUGCGAUUUCUGAAGUUGACAUGGUGAACAUUUGAAAAACUUCAGUGGUUUGAAAUUUUUGAAGCUGAAGACGGGGCAUUCGAUCAAUUACUUUUUCAGUGUAAAGUUAAAAUUGAAAAAAAAGAUUCCGAAACGUUAAUUAACACUCUUUAGCCGUUUGUUGGUUUCUGCACCUCAAAAUAAGAAGAAAUAGUUGAUUACAUUUUUUCCUAGGACUAUCUUGAACUCGGAAAUCAUCAAAAAACGCCCUGGUAGAUCAAAUUUCUUUCAAUACCAGAGAUUUAUCAGAUUACAGUUUACAGAUUACUCCAAAAGAAAUGACAGCCAUUUGAAGUUUAAUAGUAUUUUUUUCAAGUCUUAACACCGAAUCCCUUGGUCGCAUUUAGAAUGACUCACAGUGAGGCGGUUGAAAUUCAACAGCUUUUUCCAAUAUUUUCCUCGCGCGCAACUCGUUUUGGGUCGGGUGCGAUGUGAAAAAAACCGUCGAGCAUGUGCGCUCGUUGAUAUUUAACUCAGUUUAAACCUCUUAAUUUGAAAAAAAUGCUUGAUUUUAAAAAUUAAAAGGAUCAGUAUCAUUCAAGUUCAAUACUUUUCCACUUUCUCAUUUUUUUCCUAUCUUUAUAAUUAUUUAUUCGCAAGACUCGAAAAUGUAUGACCUGUCUGCGCUCUCUUUUCUCUCACCGGCGAGGACAUAGAAAAAGAGCGAGAGACUACGUGAAUAUGAGAGAGCGCAGAGAACCGCAGAGAAAAUCUGUCGCAAACGGCUUAUGAAUAAUCAAUUUGUCUUAAAUUUUUGAUCCUAUUUUGGAGCUUUGAAAUUUCAUUCGUUCAAUCUACACGGAUUAAAUUAGUCUGACCUGUCUGCCCUCUCUUUCCUCUCGCCGGCGAGGUCAUAGAACAAGGUAGAGAGUAUUUUAAUAUGAGAGUGCGCAGAGAAAUCAGUCCGAUCUAUAAACUACCGAUAAAGAAUUUCAUUGCUGUCAUUUUAAGUUUUAAAUAUUAAUUAGUCCAUUUGUCACUAAUUCAAUCUGUCUGACCUGUCUGAUCUUUCUUUUCUCUCACCGGCGAGGUCAGAGGAAGAAGAAAGAGCAUGAGAGGUAGCAGAGAAAUCAGUCUUUUUCAUUGCUAAUAAGCUUAAAAGUCUUUCAUUUCUCCUCGUUGUGAACUCCGAAUUCAGGACUACACCCUGACGAUGUACCUGCAUCAGUACUGGACCGACGAAAGGCUUUCCUGGAGCCCGGAUAGUCCGAUCGAUGAGAUGACCCUCAGUGGAGAGUUCUCCCAGUAAGAGUCCGGAUGGAUGCCUUGAUUUUAUAAUCUUUUCCAGGAACAUUUGGGUUCCGGACACUUUUCUGGCAAACGACAAACACUCGUUUCUACAUGAAGUCACUGAGAGGAACAAAAUGUUGAGGAUCGGCUCGGAUGGCAAGAUUGCCUAUGGAAUGAGGUACGGGGAAGAAAUGGCCGCGAGAGUUUAGUAUUCUUCGCUCUAUCGAUAAGCUUUUGAGAAGCUGCUUUUUCAAAAAAAAAAAAAGCAAUUUUUUGUUCGGAUAGCUUUUGGAAAUGAUCCAGUGAAUAUUUGUUACCAGGGAGGGGUCCCUGGUCGCAGUGGGACCUCUGAAUAAGACCAGGUAGAUGUAGUUUCACACGCUGAUUCUAAAUCUGCUUUCCAAAACUGCGGCGGAGGUCCUUGAAAAAAGUUAUGAACCCUCAAAAGGUUAGUAUGAAAAAACCAAGUUUUCAAAAUGCGAAGUUGUCCAUCAGCGAUGCGCCCUUGUUCAGCUACUUUACUCUAUUUUUAGAUUGAUGAAAUAUUCAGCUCUUUUUUCAUUAUUGAUUCGUUCCAAUCAAGCUUUUAUAAGAACAGCUGCACUUUACAGAUUGACCUCAACGUUGAGUUGUUCGAUGAAUCUUCGAAAUUUCCCGCUCGACGCUCAAAAUUGCACGGUAGAGAUUGAAUCAUGUGAGUUUUAGAGUUUUCCGCAUGGAUGGGGGGUUUCGAGAAAGCGUAAAAAACUUGGUUAAUGCCUGAAAAAGAGCAGAUUUUCUUGUUGGAAGUGGAAAAAACUUUAAUUGUCAUCUAGACUUUCUAUAAAGGCCAUGUUGGCCCGGGGGCUCUUCGGGUGUACCCGUAUAAAAUUCUUGUUUUUUGAAGCUCCAUGUGGCCCAGUUGUGCUGAAACGGGUUUUAGAAGAAUUAAGGGACCCAGCUCUUUUUAUUUCAAUAAUCGGAGACCCACCCGGGUUAAAACGGUAUCUCAAUUGUGAUAACAAAUGCAGAAAGUUCUACCAGAUGUGCUUGUACGGGCUCAGAGCCCGUUCCAGCCUUUUGCGCGCAAAAAGAAUUUUAAAAUGUACUGAGAUAUGCCGCACUUUUCGAGGGGUAGGCCGCAGUUUGAGAAAUGGGAUCCAGCCGACGUCUGGUACGUCCCGUUCCAGCACGCCUGAUCUAUAGCUGAUUCACGACUGGCUCGAGCCAUCAAAAAAAGGGUCCUGACACGAUAACGCGCGAGAUAGCGCCUGGCUCGUGGAGAGCGCAGACAGGACACGCCCCCUCAGCGUCCCAAGCUAGCCGUGAAUCAGCUGUACCCUCAUCAGCAUGAGAAUCUAGAAAACUUGAUUCUACAGUUUUUACCGUUCCCGUUUCACAGAUGGGUACACGACUUCCGAGGUUCUGAUGAAGUGGAAUCAUCCGCUGGCUGUUCACGGCGUUGAACAGGCCGACGUCCCUCAGUUCACGAUCACUGGAUAUCAAACUGAAGACAGCAUCGUCAGCACGGCGACGGGUACCAAAACAUCUCUUCGGGUCCUAGAAAAAAAUAAAAUCGUGGAGAAAUAGAAAAAGCACCAAGCCGUUUAAGAAAAAGAGGCCCUAAGGCAUUUUUUCGAAAAUUAUCUCAAAUCUAAGCGUUUUCUGCUAUUUUUCGAGGCUACAUUUCUCAGAAGUUUUUUCAAAAAUAUACUUUGUAAUUUUCAUUUCCAACUCAAGUUUCUCUAGGUUUCAAAAAAAACUACCUUUCAGAAAGACUCUCCCCUAAAGUUGUCACUAAUUGGCGAAAAAUUCAAAAAUAACCGCAAAAAAGUGAAAACAAUUUAGUCCCUGUUGGUGUAAAAUGUACGUUUCAUGGACAAUAUUUAGUCUCAUAAGUUUAAAGUCUUUAUUGGACCUCAGGAAGUAGAUACAUAUCUUUCACAAAAAAAGUUUCUCCACGCCUGUUUAGGGUGGCUGGUCGUAUUACGGUAGUUUGGAUGGGUUUUUCAAUAAUAAAAUGUAAUCUUGUGUGCUUUUUGUGACGUAACUUACCUUGUAACCUCGAGAAAUAGGUCCUUAACAAAUUGCAAAAAGGAAGAAAAAUUAAAAAAAUUUCCUGGCUCCGAAACUGACUGCGCAAUAUUGACCCGCCGUAGUACUGUCUCAAACAUGCGUGUCUCGGAAUGUUUUUUUUCGAUAGAACGGAUGUGAAUUUUCAUUUUCCUAAAUUAAAGAAAAAAUUAUCUUCUCAAAAAGAGAGUCAUUUUACUUUGCGGUUCUCCUGAAGUUUUGCCAGAACACUUUUUGAUGUUUCAAAAGAAUAUUCUGAAUGUCUCAACCUGCAUAACUACUCCGUUUCUGACCAGGGAAUGGUCUCAGCUCACAGUGGGACUUCUGAAUGAGACCACUUUUACUAGAUGUAGUUUUUCAUGCUGAUUCCAAAUCCGUUCUCAAAAGCUGCCACCGAGGUCUGUGAAAAAAGUUAUGGACCUUCAAAAGUCGAAAAUUUCAUAGUCUCCGAUUUAGUUCAUUUUUGGAGGGUAUAUAGGUCUUGUCCCUCUGGUCACGAAAAACCAUCGAAUUUUUCUCGAAAAAAUUUUGAAGCCAAGAUAUGAGCUUUCAAAGCCCCGCCGCAUACAAGAGAAUGCGCGCGCGGUGUCCUAUUGCGAUCCGACGGCUGUCGAAGCAACGGCAGCGAGGAGCAGUGGAAAGGCGGCGGACUGGGGAGCGCGAGGUCAUAGGUUUGGUCCCCACGCUAUGCAAACUUUUUUUGCAGUUUUUUCUUUUCUGUAUAUUUCUCUGUUAGUGCUCCUUUUUCGAGUUUCGAGAUGUAGAAACAUGAAAAUACUGCGUUUUGAACCUAUUCAAACAAGUGGACUUCUUUUUGUCGCAAAUUUUUUUCAUGGAUUUUUUCGUGAUUUUCCAUGUAUAUGAGCAUAGGUUGGAGUGUCGAAAUUUUCAGAAAAGUUUUUUGGUUUUUUUUCUUUCUCAAAAGCUGUCUAGACCCAAGUUAUCAUAAGUGCGCUGGAAGAAAACGCAUAACUUUUUCACUGACUUUCUCAGACUGCGGUUUUCACUUACCACUCUAGGAGAAGAAAAAAACUUUCGAUUUUAUUUCAGGUUGAGGCUGAAAUUUCCGAGAAGGUUUUUCUGAUUCAUAAAUAAAACAGUUAGAACAAACUCCCCACAAAAAUCUUUCGUUCAAUGUAAAUUUCAUAGUCAGACGGCAAAAAGCGACGGUCAUAGGUGAGCACACUGAAAAGCACGAAGAUUUUAUUGAAGAAUUCUGUAUUCGAUAACCGUAGCUAUGAUGAAUUGAAAUUAGACAAUUUUUGGUAGAAGAAAAGAUUUAAAAAAAACCAAAAAAACUUUUCUGAAAAUUUCGACACUCCAACCUAUGCUCAUAUACAUGGAAAAAUCACGAAAAAAAUCCAUGAAAAAAAUUUUGCGACAAAAAAAGAAGUCCACUUGUUUGAAUAGGUUCAAAACGCAGUAUUUUCAUGUUUCUACAUCUCGAAACUCGAAAAAGGAGCACUAACAGAGAAAUAUACAGAAAAGAAAAAACUGCAAAAAAAGUUUGCAUAGCGUGGGGACCAAACCUAUGACCUCGCGCUCCCCAGUCCGCCGCCUUUCCACUGCUCCUCGCUGCCGUUGCUUCGACAGCCGUCGGAUCGCAAUAGGACACCGCGCGCGCAUUCUCUUGUAUGCGGCGGGGCUUUGAAAGCUCAUAUCUUGGCUUCAAAAUUUUUUCGAGAAAAAUUCGAUGGUUUUUCGUGACCAGAGGGACAAGACCUAUAUACCCUCCAAAAAUGAACUAAAUCGGAGACUAUGAAAUUUUCGACUUUUGAAGGUCCAUAACUUUUUUCACAGACCUCGGUGGCAGCUUUUGAGAACGGAUUUGGAAUCAGCAUGAAAAACUACAUCUAGUAAAAGUGGUCUCAUUCAGAAGUCCCACUGUGAGCUGAGACCAUUCCCUGGUGAGUUAUAACUAGGGUUCGGAGCCCCGAAACAACUCAUUUCAUAGUCCUUUUCUGACCGUUUGAAAAAAACCUUCCUCCUCAUUUUGGAAUGAUGUUUUCUUAUUUUUCUAACUUCGAUGAGAGAACAGAGAGACGCAGACACGCGAAAACUGUCAAGAGAACAGACUAUAACGGAUUUUGAUGGUUUUCUUUAGCUCUGCAAGGACUAUAAAAUAGAGUUUUCGAGGCUUUAAAUCUUUCCCAAGGAAGUUUUACUUUUAAAAUCUUCACGAUCUUCUUCCGGUACAUCAAAGAGUGCUCUAGCUUCAAGUCCUCAAAGAGACUUUCCAGGAUCCUACCAACGGCUCUCGUUGGUCUUCCAACUCCAGCGAUCCGUCGGCUAUUUCAUCUUCCAAACCUACCUGCCUUGCGUCCUCAUCGUCAUGCUCUCCUGGGUCUCCUUCUGGAUCAAUCACGAGGCGACCAGUGCUCGUGUCGCCUUGGGUGAUUUUUUGGAUUAAAAAAAAUUUUUUUAGUCUUUUUCAAAGUGUUUUCUUUAUCCCUCUCUUCUCUUUUUUGAUAAAUAUUUUUUUACUCUCUUCUCAUUUUUGCUAUAGACAGGUUCUAUGACAUAUUUCUAGACAUUUUGAGAAGCUAAAAUAAUUGUAUGUUUUAAAAAAAGAUGAAGACUUUGAGCAGUUAUUUUGCGCAAUUUUUCUGUUUUUUUCUCUCUUUCAUAGCUUUUUUUUCAUUCAUUUUUUUAUAAAUUGUUGACCUGCGACCCGUAUAUUUUUAAUUAAUUUCAACAAACUCUAUUUUGCGACCGAUAGAAGGUAAGAUCCUUCAUGAAAUUUGGUGAAAUCAACUCUCAAAGAUCGAAAAAAAUAAUAAUAAAGCUUUUUCGCGUUUUUUUCAUAGUUAGUUUACCCUUUAUUUUUUUCAUUUAUGUUGAAAUUUCCUGUCUUUCUCUUCUUUUUUUAGAGUAAGAGUUUUCCAUUUUGAUAUUUUAAGGAAAGGAGGCAGAAUUAUUGCAGAAUGGUUAAAAAAAUAUUGAAAGUACGGAAAUUUUCAAAAUAAGAACCGUAUGAAUUUUUUUUUUACCUUUUUCCAGCCCUCAUUUUUUUGCUCGAAUAGUAAUUUUUCUUUUUUCCCGAUUGUAACCCUGCAGAAAAAUUGCAUCAAAAAGGCUCAAUUUUCCAGCUUUAUUCAAUCACUGAUUCCUUUUUUUUCAAGGUAUCACAACGGUUCUUACAAUGACAACCAUCUCGACGGGUGUUCGACAGUCCCUCCCAAGGAUUAGUUAUGUCAAAAGUAUCGAUAUUUACUUGGUUCGUUUCUCAAAAAUAUUUUAACCCAAAAAUAAUUUAGGUAAUGUGUUUCGUUUUUGUGUUCGCCGCGUUAUUGGAGUACGCGGCCGUCAAUUAUUCCUAUUGGGGCUCGGAACGGAGGCAGAGGAAAAGCGGAGAAGAAGGGUCAGUUGACAGGAAUUAGGAGGGAAAUUCAUGAAAGUCGUGGAAAUAUUGAGAAAAAAGAUGGAAGAAAUGGCCGAAAAAGUGUUCAUUUACGGAUCUUUCGAGCAAAUGCGCUCUGAUGAACAAUUUUUGAUUGAGCACUCGAGCCUCGGUUACUUAAUAAAGUUAGAAGUGUUUUCUUUGAAAAACUAUAGAGAAAAACUUUUUUGAAGUGCUCUCUAUUGAGAACGUGUUUCUUUUUGAGUAAGACCAACAUGCGCAAGUAGUUUUUCGUCGGGUGCUCUGAAAAAUCGAGACCACGACACACUCUUUGCCCCGUACUAGAGCCUUCUGCAUUUUCAAAAGUUUCCAUUGAUUUUAAAGAUCAGUGGAUUUCGCAGAAAAUCAUAGUUUCGUUUUUUUUUUCUUAAGAUUUCUAGUAAUCACGAAUUGGAGGAAUGAUUGAAAAGCUCAUUUUCCCCAAAAUUUUUCGAAUUAAGUUUUCUCAAAAUCAAGUUCUGUUCAACUAAUUAGAGCAAAUCGAAUUUCAGGUGGCCAGUGAACAAAGAAGACCGGGAAAGUGCUGUAAAUGUACAGAAAUGGGUCCCGAGUGGAUUUAUGGAUGUGAGUUUGUACUUUUUUUCAAAGAGAAAAAGGUAAAAUAGAAAUAUUAUAAAAUAUUAAGGGGAUAAGUGACUUUAGAUUCCUUUCUAAAUCCUGAUUUUUAUUAGCUCGUAGCUUUGUUUUUUGAAAAUUUUAAUUAAAUUGCGGAAAUUCUUUCAAUGCUUUCGAGUCUGAAAAUGAGAACAACUUUGCGAAAAUUGAAUUUACACUGUAUAUACCAAAAAAUGUUUAAUACGAGCAUUUUUUCGGAAAUACAGUGUUUUGCCAGUCGCCAGCGUAGCUAUCGUGAAGCGCUUUAUUGACGACUGA